UAUCUCACUGUUAUUAUCAAAAUUUUAUGCAAUGAAGUGCAACGUAAAAUGCCCUAACACAUUUGCCAAGAUCAGUGAGCAUCGCAACGGAAUCACGACGGCCAUGUUGAAAGAGGUGUAAACAAAUUUAUUUACAACAAUUCUCCAACGGAUAGCCAUUAAACACAUAAUGUAUAUUUAAACAUGCCUGUCACAUGUGCUGCCGAGAAUUGCUCGAACAUCUACCAGAGAGGGAAUAAUAUAACUUUUCAUUGUUUUCCCAAAAAUAAGGUGUUGCGAGAGGAAUGGGUGAAAGCCACGCACAGAAAGGACUGGAAGCCAACCCAGUACAGCAAGCUAUGUUCUGAUCACUUUCUUUUGUCAGAUUUCAGGUUGUUCACUAAUCGGAGAGAACUGAUGUGCUCUGCUGUUCCUAGUAUCUUUGGUCAUACAAGACCUGACCAAAAAAUCACAAGUAAGCACAAGCAAACUGGAGAGUCUCUUCAGAUGAAAGAACCUACUGUGACAUUGAAGAAGACAGACAGUGAUUGUUCCACUGUCAGAAAACAGCGGAAGGUCCAAGAAAAGAGGAAAAGAAGAAAGAGAAGAAAGAGAGGAAGGUGGGACCCAGGUAAAGAUGAUGUAUGUGAGCGUAACAGGGAAUGGCCUCAACAUAAACAGACCAGGCAGGAUAAAGAAGCAAGAGCAACUUCAACCAACAUACGUCACAGAUGCAGAAAGAAAAGUUAUUCAGAUCAUUCUUCCUGCAUGCAGCUCGGGGAUAGGCACAUCGAGCACUCCUAUGCCAGGCCUCUGAAGGCGAAGGGCAAGACUGGAAUCAUCUUUAUGGAUACUACUUUAGGGAGGAGGAGACAGCUAGCCAUCCUAACCACAUUCAAUGUUCCAAAAUGUCACAAGGAAGUGGAAAAUGACUUAAGCACUGACACAGCCUCUGAGGAUGGCAUGGCUCCUUGUACACCUAAUGCAGAUCAUGACCAAGAUGAAACGAUGGAUCAGGAUCAGAUUCAGGCAACACCAUCAUCAAAGUUAGGAAGUAAUCCUGGUGAUAGUGAAGAGUGGGAAACUGUAACAUCACCAAAGUUAGAUAAUACUCAUGAUCAUGAAGAUGGAGAAACUCCCCCAACAUCAAACUUAGAUGAUUACCAUGAUAAGAAUGAAAAAGGGGAAACUUUACCAAUAUCACUAAACUUAGAGAAUGACCAUAAUGAUGAAAAAACUGCCCUAACAUCACCAAAGACAGAUGACCUUUGCAGUAAUGAAGAAGAGGGGGAAAGUCUUUGUGCUUUCUCAGUCAGUGGUAGAAGUAGAAAUACCACCGAGAUAAAAAUGGAUCAUCUCCAUGACCAGGAGGACAGACUUGCACAGGAACUGCUUCAGUUGCCAGCAUCAUCUCCAUCUUUGAUGAAUAUUAAUAACCGAGAGGAGGAAGAGAUAGAAGAAAAAGGAGAGGGAGAGGAAGAAGAAAAAUGUAAAAAUCUUUCUCUCAAGGAUGCUGACAUUGAGGUAAUACAAGAGUACAUUCAAAAGGCAAUACAGGUUGCACAAGACAAGGACCCUGACCUGGACCGAAGCAGUCACUUCGCUAUGAGUCUUACAAAAGUAAUGGAGCUUUACACUGAUUUACUGAAGUGCAGAAAAUCAGAGGAGCAGUUUUUCACAUACUUCAGACCAAUAAAAGUAUCACCUCCAUCACAUUGUACUGAAGAUGAAGAAAAUUGUAGAGAUAGUAGUCUACACAGUAAAGAAGAAUCUAAGCCACAAGAAUUACAGCAAGUAUCAGACCAGGAUCAAGAUGUUAAGAAUAAACAGACCAUCAACCAUAACUCCAAAGCCAUUACAAUAAAGGAAGGAAUCAACUUGUGUGAGAUCAAAGAAGAAAAGAAAGAAGUCAUAGAAGACGAGUAUUGUAUGUCUAUAAAAGAAGAACCUCUCUUUGAUGAACACGAAUAUUUAAGUAGUAUAGAGUCCAUUCAAGAGCAAAUGAAAGAGGAGGUCUGUGUAGACUUUAUGCAGGGCUUUCUGUUGCAAAGAGUGGACCAUGAGUGCAACAUUGGUGACGUGAAUGAAAACAGCAGCUCUUCUUUCCAAGAUUUUGAAAGCUGUGUUGAAGAUCUUCCUGGAGGACUCACAAGUUACUAGGUGUAUUAAUUCAUUGAAAAAUAGAAACACACACACAAAUUAGCUAUGUAAUAAGAUAAUGUAAAUAAUUUUCCAGUAAUUGGGCUAUGUAAGUACAAACUGUCCCUUACAUUUUUUGUAAUUUUGUAAUAUGACCCACUUACACAUUAUACUAUCAUAGAUUUAGAAGAAAAAAGAAAUCCUUUUGAAUACAUAUUUAUA